AUGGUCAAUGACUUCCCUGGACGCCGAGCCGAGCUGGUUCAGGCACCAGAAUUUCGGCCCGACGGCGCCAAUGCGGAAUAUUUUGACGCUGUAUACAGCUUUGUGCAACUCCAUCUGUAUCGAGUAAAAGGACCAGCUGAACCGCAUGUUGAGGUGUCAGGGACCAGACUGGCGCAACUUCGAGCUAAGUCGCUGCGCUUCGUGUACUCUUGA